GGGGGAGCGCUGACACUUCACAGUUGCGAUUUUCAACUGAUAAACCAACGAAGAGGAAGGAGUUCAUGCUAUCAUAACAUAGCAUGAGUGCACGCGACUUUCACUUAUUCUAUUUGUUUACUGGUUAAUUUUCUGUUGUAUUACGCAAAAUGCCUCCUAAAGGGAAAGGCGGUAAGGGCGGUAAAGGAGCUGCUGCAGGAAGUGCAGAUGCCGACAAGAAAGAAAAGGCUCCAAAGGGAGGCACUUCUGUGAAGGUUCGACACAUCCUCUGUGAAAAACACGGAAAAUGCAUGGAGGCCAUGGAGAAACUGAAGGCUGGUGUCCGUUUCAGUGAAGUAGCAUCACAGUACAGUGAAGACAAAGCUAGACAAGGAGGUGACCUGGGCUGGAUGACACGAGGAUCGAUGGUUGGACCUUUCCAGGACGCAGCGUUUGCGUUACCCAUCAGUUCCAUGGACAAACCUGUUUACACAGACCCCCCUGUCAAAACGAAGUUUGGGUAUCACAUCAUUAUGGUGGAGGGGAAAAAGUAAAAAUAUCACUCCAUGAAUUUGGUCAUGAAAAAUUGAUGUGACAAAAGUCAAAAGAACUAAACUAACAUAUGAUUGGCACUUGUGCAACAAUUUACCAAACUAGUUCAGCAAGAUUGACAUGAAUUUACUGGACUUAAAUGAUGAAAUAAAGAUGUUCAAAAAUAAAUUCCUUUUUUAAUAA